CACACACAUCACUAAACCCACACAAAUGAAACCCUCUCUUCGGAGAAGCCAGCUACAGGAAACUGACUUAUGCACAGGAACUUGCUAAUCUCUUUUGUCACAUUCGGAUCGUUCCUUCGGCCUCAGUCACCGCUCACACCAAACCCAGUCAUCUUGGGUUUGAUUCUCCACCAGCCCAGCUCUCAAAACUUUAGAUCUUCCAAUGCGAGAAUGUUACACUCUUGGGGAGGAAGGAAAGAUAGAUCCUAGAAGGAAUUCAUAGCAGUGAAAUGACUUGGGCUGCUUUUGUUUUUACUUACCUGCACUGAACAAAUUUGACUUCCGGAGGCAGUCAUUUUAGUGUCAAGAGAUUUCUUCGGCCUUCUACAACAGUUUCCAAAGUGGCUGGGAUCCAUUAGAAACUGAAGCGGCAGAGACCUCUGUUAGCUGUGGUCCCCACUUCUUGGAGCAGAAGGCCAGAGAGAGCUGUUCGAACACGUCUCAUUCACACCAGUUGAACACCAGCCUUUGGAUACUUUCAAAGUAGACUGUGUGUCUCCCUUGGAUGGACCGGAAGAAGUAACAUCCUGCAAGCGGCUGUCAGAGGUCCUGAGAACACAAAGCCGUCUGGCCGUCCUUCCCCGUGUCGAAUGGCGUUUGUCUCAGUAGCCCACUGAGGGCUCUCUUCCUCAGGAUUCUGAACUUGUAACUAGGAGUCUGGGCCGCGAAGAUGCUGAGUUCCAUCAAGUGUGUGCUGGUGGGAGACUCUGCUGUGGGGAAAACGUCUCUGCUGGUACGUUUCACCUCGGAAACCUUCCCUGAAGCUUACAAGCCUACAGUAUAUGAAAAUACAGGUGUAGACGUUUUCAUGGACGGGAUCCAGAUCAGCCUGGGCCUCUGGGACACGGCCGGCAACGAUGCCUUCAGGAGCAUCCGCCCCCUGUCCUACCAGCAGGCGGACGUGGUGUUGCUGUGCUACUCUGUGGCCAACCACAGCUCCUUCCUGAACCUGAAGAACAAGUGGAUCGGGGAAGUCAGGAGCAACCUGCCGUGCACCCCCGUGCUGGUGGUGGCCACCCAGACGGACCAGCGGGAGGUGGGGCCCCAUCGGGCCUCCUGUGUCAACGCCAUCGAAGGGAAGAGGCUGGCCCAGGAUGUGCGAGCCAAAGGCUACUUGGAGUGCUCGGCCCUCAGCAACCGGGGCGUCCAGCAGGUGUUUGAGUGUGCCGUCCGGACUGCCGUCAACCAAGCCCGGAGACGCAACAGAAGGAGGUUCUUCUCCAUCAACGAGUGCAAGAUCCUCUGAACCCCAGAGACUUCAUCCCACACUCACUUACCACAGAGACCGGCUGGGACAGAGAGAGCAGGCAAGCCAGCGAAGGACUGAUGCUCUUUCUGGGCAUGGCCUGACUGGCUUUUACUACCGGAUACAGUUGUUGAUGGGACUUGGACACUGGAUGUUUUUAUAAUAUGUACUCUACGAAUGAACUCUUUGCCCAGUACAAUUAGAAGAUUCCUUGGGACACUGUAAUGACUAUUUCAUGUUUGAUUCAAAAACCACAAUGAAGUGAGUUUUCCAAAGAAUCCCAUAUUUAAAGACACAGCUUAUUUAAAUAAUAACAAAUGAACAGCAUUUGUAUAUAAUUAGUUUUCACACUUGGAGUCUUUUCCUCCCUACUCACAAACUGAUGUGUGAGUGCAAUGACCUCACAGGGCUCUGACAUAUGUUCAUAGUGUUAGCAUUUUCACCUGAAGUAGUAAUUUUGUUGAAAUCACACUCGCCUGUUAGAUUUUAUUAGGUAACCAAUUUUAAAAUCACUGUAAACUGAUCCUUGCAAUUAAUUUUCCAUUCAUUUGUUGUUCAGAGUUGUAUGUAUAAAAUACAGUUAAAUGACAUAAGGUUACUAUAAUACUGCCUAAUGAUUUUUAAACGACUAUCAUUUUAUGUCUCUGUAAUUAUUGAAAAAAACUAUUUCUUAUGGUAUUGCCUUUGACCCAAAGAAUUUCAAUUAUACAGUAAGUAUUCUGUCAUUCACUGAAACAGACUGAAGGAACACUUAUCAGGUAGAGAAUCAGACUGCUCUAAGCAAUAACCGCGGAACUUGGAACAGAUGUGAGGAAGUCUUACUUUCAUUUCAGAGACUGCUGCACCUUGCCUGCUUCCUAGCUUAUUGUAGGUCUGAUGAAAGGCUCAAAGUUCUCCAUAAUGGUGAUUUAGCAGAUUUGUUGUUUGAGCUCUAAACUGAGCUAGCAUGGCAACAUAAUUCAUUAAUUUGAGGGUCUAAUCAGAAUUAAUUGGGGCCGUGUCUACAUGAAUGAUAUGUGUUUAAAGGAAAAAAGGGGAUUUAUAGCUUCUACUAUUUCAUGAGUAUGAAACAUCUGAGUGGAAAAAAAUCACAAAUUCCAAGUAACAGGAAAACUGUAUAGCAAUUGUAAUAAAAAGUUAUCAGGGGAAAUACUGAAUCAAUAGGAACAUCCCCCCACCAUUCUAUCUGAUAGCUUAAAAGCAACGGUAUUAACCAUCUAUUAAAGCUGAAAACAGAGGACUAUGUAACUUAAGAAAUUGUGAAGCCUGGAACCCACAUGUUGCAUUUACUUCCUUAAUCAAAUAAAACCUAGAACUACUCUGAACCACGGUUAUUAAAGUCCAUCACUGUUACGGUGCAACACACCAUUACACACCCCUGGUAAGGCAGCUGGCACAAAUGACUAUGAUUAGACUUACAUUGACGUAACCAAACCAAUUUUCUAGUUUCCUUAUGUGGUCAAUUCUUUAUAGCGCUAAUCAGUGUCAAAAUCAGAAGUGUGCUCAUCUUUACACUGCCUUCUCUCUCUUUCCUCCUCUCUCAUCCACCUCCAGUGAGACAGCUGGACCCGGGGUCUGAGUCUUUGAGCCUGAGGUUCCCUCGCUUCCCUGGUUCAGACACAUCUGCCUGCACCCAGCAGCUCCAGCUCUCCAGCCCCAUGGCUUGUCCUCGCCUCUGUGUUAUCUGUGUCCCGUGACAUGAGAGCUACUCGAUCCAAUUUUCUAUGUUGGGCAUCCUGGGAGUGGAGGCCUUCGGAGCUGGCCAGGCAGGGCCAGUGAUGGGAGCACAUCUCCUGCUGAUAUGCUUGUUGACCUUCCUCCUCUUCUCCAACAAUCGCAAAUGGGCUUAAAUAACUCAUGCAGGUUUUCCUUCAGGGCCAGUCUUUAGGGUGGGAGGUAUUGCUCAAUAGUGUCCAACUCUCUCCAACCCCACGAACUGUAGUCUGCCAGGCUCCUCUGUCCACGGAAUUCUCCAGGCAAGAGUACUAGAGUGGGGUACCGUUCCCUUCUCCAUGGGAUCUUCCCACCCAGGGAUCCAGCCUGGGUCUCCCAAGUUGCAGGCAGAUUCUUUACCUUCUGAGCCACCAGGGAAGCCCCAUUUACUGUGAUAGCAGGAAUAAAUUUCUAAUGACAAAAUUGGCUGUUUUCAAGCUUUUCUUUCUUUCUUGUUGAAGGGAGAUUGGUGGAAUGGUGGGUGGUGGAGGUAGGGACCUGAAAAUGGGAAGGGCAACUGACUCUAAGUGAGGGAAGAGGAGAUGAUUCCAUAAUGGAAGCAGGGGGGGGGAAGGGAAGUCCAGACAGACACAAUCUAAUGACUUUGCCUUCGACUGGGCACAUAGAUGAGACCCUGCCUGUUGGCUGGGGCCAAACUCAAGGACUCCCUCUGGGCACCCACUCAUCUGAGAACAGGACUCUAUGUGGAAACCCUCCCCAGUGAUGGGACCUGGCAGAAACUGAGGCCAGUCGGUGUCUGUCUCCCCUACUAGAUGAUAGUGCUUGAAGUCAGAGCCACACCUCAGAGUUCCCAGGGCCCAGCUCAGGGAAAGUAUUGAAGUUGAACAAAGUCACGUUGAACUGGAGAGAAGGACAAGAUUUGGGCUCUUGUGUUGAAAGUGGUUAUGGGAAGGAACCCCACCACGUAGGGGUAGGGGAGGGGGAGGGAAAGAAGUGAAAAGAGGUCAUUGUGUUAGAAUUCACGCUAUGUGUUCUGCGUGAAUGUUUUACCUGACUGUAUAUCUAUUUCUCCUGCCUGGACUCCAGUAUUUGUUUCUUACACUUCAAAACUUGCAGUACUUUUUUUUUUCUUAAAUUAAUUUUUAAAAUUGUAUGUUGAUUUUUAACCAUCCCAAGUAGCAACAUUAAAUAUGCUCUUGUUUUACACUGAAGAGUUGGUCUGAGUGGUUGAAUAACUCAUCCCAUUUUCUUUUACCUUAUCCUGACAAAGUGGGGUGGUAGAAGCGAGUGCAAUGACGUUAGGCUGAGUGAUGAGAAAGUAAAAAGCGCUCCAACAGUUGUCACUUGUUGAGGGCUUUGGAAAUGCCGGGUCCUGUGCUAAACACUCGAGUGUUUGUUAUCUCACCAUGUGGUGUGAGCACCAUCCCACGUGGGGAAACUGAGGCCCAGCACACUGACGGAUGAGUCCAAGGCCCCUCAGCAGGCGAGUAGCAGCACCAGGAGUCUCGAGUGUGUUUGCUGAACUUCAAAGCUGUGCUCAAAACCGCCACGUCGAGAGCAGCCUGACUGUAUAUCUUUGCCACACGUGAUCUCAUAUAACCUUGUAGGCCCCAGCCCUACCAGUCAAGUGGCCUGUAUUUUAAAACUGAUUUUUAAUAAAAUAUUCCGAGUCUGA